AUGGAGAUUCCCCAGCGGGCUUCGUUUGCCCACGUCGACCAUAUCAUGGUCGCCGACUUUGACAUCGACAAGGGCGCAUCGCUGACUCAUCAGUAUCCCACCAAGACCGGAACGCAUGAAAACAUCCUGGCUGAACUGAUGCUGCCCGAUGGGGCUCAUCUUCGAGAUGAAGACUGGACCAUGUUUUUCAUCAACCAGCCAACGCCAUCCGAUAGCGUAUGUUUUCCCGGCCGCAAGCCCCUGAUGUAUGUCCUGAACCUCGUUCGAACAAAGCAUAUUGCCGGCGCACGACGAGGCGCUCAAAUCAAGGCUAUGGCUGUGGCUUCGCGCCAUCAGUGGGUGCAUGUGUUCAAGCCUCUCCUUAUCAUGGCUCUUGAAGCCUUCUUCAACAGCCCGACCGAGGACAUCAUCGCCGAGCUCUUCACCUCAAUCAACAACAUGGACCUGUCCCCAAUGCCCCGUCUGAGUCUGAUCGAGCGCAUGAUCAUCCGUAACUCCGAGGACCGCACUCUGUUUGAGGAAAAGUUCAACGAGGCCGAAGAGCGUACGCGCACGCUCUCGCUGCCCCGAAGCCAACGGAGCGACCGAGCCGACAAGAAGCCUGAGGGUGGCGACUUCAUCCUCAACCGCAUGAAGAGCAUCAAAAAAAAGAACCCCGGCAGCCACUCGCUUCAGGCCAACAUCGGAACAAUCGAGCGCACCAAGCAGAAGAGCAAGUUCAACAAAGAUCUGCUGUAUUUCGAGGCCCGGGUGGACUUUCACGGAGUCCGAGUGCCCAUCAGAGUCCCUUUGGCGGCCCUGCCAGAGGAGAUUGGCGACUUCUCAACCGCCAAGUUUGUCUCAACGCUCCUGGCAUCUGGGAUCAUGAUACCGCCUGUCAACGACCAGACCCAGUACCAAAACGGCGUCCCUUACUACUGGCACCCUCACUUGGACUGCGGAAGCGCCACACACGGACUGAUUGUGCUGCUCAAUGCCCUCUUGACCGAGAAGCGCGUGCUGUUCAUGGGCUACCAAAGACCCGCCGGCGAUGUCGCCAACUACGUUCUCGCUGCGUGUGCGCUCAUCAGCGGAGGCGGCUCGCUUCUGAAGGGUAUUUCUGGACGCUGCUUCCCCUAUAUUGGACUGGCCGGACUGGACACGCUUUUGUCGGUGCCCGGUUACAUUGCCGGCGUCACCAACCCAAUGUUUGAGGAGCAGACGGGCUGGUGGGAUGUGCUCUGCGACAUCAACACCGGUAAAAUCAAGGUGUCGCCCAAGCUGGAGAUCCUGAGCGGCGAGCGCGAGCCCCCCACGCUCCCCAAGGAUGUGGAGUGGUUCAAGGCCGGUGCCUGGGAAGGAGACGCGGAUUUCAUCAAAGAGGUAUGUCUAAUUGCCAUCCAUGAGGUCCGUUCUUGGCUGCCAUCAAAUCUUGCGUCCGAGGCAGCCUUGGCUGCGGACUACUCUCUAAUCCCGUCCCACAUGGGCGAGAUGUACAUCCGGCAGCGCUUCUACGACCGCAUUCGCCGCAUCCUCGAUGUCGCCGCCACCGUCGAGCGUGAUUUAUCCGAGGACGGCACCACCGAGAUUGGCCUCAACAAACGCGAUCUGCGCGGCAGUACAGCCACCGAGGGUCUCAGCGUCGGCUUUGGCACCUACUUUGUCGACGACUACGCCAAGAAACGCGAGGUGAUGAUGCUCAAAAACACAAUCGAAGGCUGGAGGAAGACCACAAGCUAUCAGAGGUUCAAGAAGGUGGGCAUGGUUGCGCGCCGUUGA